CUGACCUCUAUAAUAAACGCUGGACUGGCUAUCCCUAACAAAAUGACAGCUAUUUUCUGUGCCGAUUCAAAGCGCCCCGGUGAGAGUACUGAGAACUAAUUAAAUUGCAAAUGGCCGUUGUUUGUUGUUUAAAUGCGAAGUAUCUUUGCGGAAUAAUACGUUUUUUAAAGUAUUUACUGCGAUUGUGACAUAAAUUAAGUGCUAUAAUAGUGACAGUUAUUGUAUCAUAGCUUCUAUUUAUUGGACCAACAUGAAAUCGUGCGUAUAUUGUAAAACACGAUACGAAAAGAGCAGUGGCGUCACUUUUCACAAAUUCCCCUCUGAUGACACUCUGAAACUUUGGUUAAAAAAUAUGAAGGUUGUCAAUUAGACUCCAAAAAUGUAUAAUUAUCUCUGUUCUAAACACUUCAUGGAUGACUGUUUCACAAAACAUCAGUCACGGACUACAUUGAAAAAAUGCAGUAUCCCCACAAUAUUUUUGAAACCAAUUCAUCCUUGUUACAAACUGAGAUGUCUAAAGAGGCUGAUCAACCAACAGGAUACCAAUGCAAGAAAGACAUUGAAAUGAGCUUAGAUGAAUUUAAUUCACCUUCAGGACCUGUACAAGAUGGGUUACUAAAUGAUGAAGUCCAUCAAAAAAAAAUGUUGCCAUGUGAAGCCCUUGCAGUUCCAAGCACAAGUUACAACACAAGCUACUGUAGCACACCAACUGAAUCUAGAACUUUAGCGGAAAUAAUUUCUAGUGUCAAAUUAGAUCACCGCUACGUGAACACCCCACAAUCUUCAAAAAAUAAAUUGGAAAGGGUCAAAAGAGCUUUGAAAAUGUCACAAGCUCGAAUUAAAGUAUUGUCACAAAAUAUGAAACGUAUGAAAUUAACCGUGUCUACUUUAAAAUCUGUAAUUGCUGAUUUAAAAAAAAAAGAAACUGGUAUGUGAUGAUUGUGUUUAUAUGUUAAAUCAGUAUGAUGGUUUCAAAACAUAACUUUUAAAAGAAUUACCAAAAAUGUGAAACGUUCUAAGUAUGCUCCAGAAUUAAGAUCAUUUGCCAUUACUUUACAUUUUCGAUCAAAUGAUAUUUACAAUUCUAUCGACAUGAAAAAAAAAUGCGAUGACUGUUUAAUGGCCGGUGAAACUGUACCACAAGAUGCAGUGUCAAAUAGGAGAAGUGGGGUAGCACUUAUUAUCCAAAAGCAAACAGGUGGUUUGACUGUGCCCUCUGUGAGUGUUGUAAACAUUUGUUUUAUGGUGGAAUCAUUAUUCCGACAAGCACUUAAUUAUAAUAACAAUAAGCCACCUAUCGAGCCUAAUUUUUCUGCAGUACUUACUGCAAAGAUACUGCAAAACCAAUGAACUGUUUCCUGAUCUAAAAGAUCACCUGAGAGACAGUUAUGUCUCAGACAAUUUUCAUAGUUACCUAAAUGUUCUUGUAUAAGAAAUAAUAACCAAAUUAUUGACAUCCGUUUGUACGCAGAAACAAAAAAAUACUCUUUAUUAGUAACUGGAGAGAAAGUAAGACAUUUUUUGACCCGGCAAAUAAAAUAGGCUCGAC